UGUCCUAGGUGCUAAACUGAAGCGACGCUCAUCCCGUUGCAGUAUCAGCAGCCAUGGCCGAAAUAAAGACGGGGAUUUUCGCCAAAAACGUCCAGAAACGGCUAAGCAGGGCGCAGGAAAAGGUACUGCAGAAACUGGGAAAGGCGGAUGAGACGAAAGAUGACCAUUUUGAUCAAGCCGUCCAGAACUUCAAGCGACAGGAGACGGAGGGCUCCCGGCUGCAGAGGGAGAUGAAGGCAUAUCUGGCGGCAGUGAAAGCAAUGCAACAGGCUUCCAUGAACCUGACAGAGUCCCUACAUGAAGUCUACGAGCCGGACUGGCACGGGAAGGACGAUGUCUUGAGCAUCGGGAAGAACUGUGAUGUCUUAUGGGAGGACUUCCAUCAGAAGCUGGUUGAUUCAUCACUUAUCACACUGGACACGUACCUGCAACAGUUCCCCGACCUCAAGAUCCGUGUGGCGAAAAGAAGCAGAAAGCUAAUUGACUACGAUAGUGCACGGCACCAUCUCGAGACCAUUCAGGCGGUGGUCAAUAGAAGUGAUCGGAAGGUCUCCAAGGCAGAGGACGAGUUGAAAAAAGCCCAGAAGGUGUUUGAUGAGCUCAAUGUUGAUCUGCAGGACGAGCUACCAACUCUCUGGGACAGCCGAGUUGGUUUUUACGUGAACACAUUCAAGAACGUGACGAACCUGGAGGCCAAAUUCCACCGGGAAAUCUCUGUGCUCUGUAAGCAGCUGUAUGAAGUGAUGACCAAGCUGGGAGAGCAACACUCUGACAAAAUGUUCACCAUACAGGGAGCGCCCAGUGAUUCAGGACCUUUGCGACUCUCUCGGGCCCCCUCGCCACCGGACAGCGACAGUGACGAGAGCCCAGUGGACACUCCUAACCACAUGCUGGCGCCUGCCUCUCCCGGCCCGCCCCGGCCCAAAUCUCCUUCAGGCCAGGGACCACCAGUGCCCCCGCCACCCAAGACCCCGACCAAGGAGCUGCACCAGGAGCAGAUAAUCGACCUGUUUGGGGGCCAGUUCUUACCCGCGGCUACGCCCUCGCAGCCAAAUGAAAGACCCGGAGAAUCUCUCCUGGAUCUGGACUUUGAUCCAUUCAAGCCUGACGGCAACACCACUAUCGGACAGGCUGCACCACCCAUAACACAGCAACUACCCUGGGAUUUGUGGACAGGAAAUGCUGAACCUGCGCAGCCUAUGGAUUCUGGGUCUAUGAGUACUGUGGGUGUGGAGGAGGAUGGGGGCGGCGGUGGCGAGGCCCCGAACACUGCCGACUUUAACCCUGGGUUCCCCGCAUUCCCCGAGCAGGCGGGAGACCCCAGCUUCGCCACCGACUGGGCUGCUGACUUCGGCUCGGCCCCGGCAAAAGGAGACUCUGUCCCGUCUGCCACCGAGGCAGCAGCCGGCGAGGUUCCAGCGACCACAGGGCAGGACGAGGCCCAAGGCUGGCCUGCAGCGGACGGCUGGGGCGGGGAGGCAGGGGAGGCAGCAGCAGCAGAGCAGCCACAGGGGGCCGAAACGGCCGCAGCUGGAGACGAGGUUAGCGGCUGGGAUCCCAACCCCCAACUUACCCCCAACUGUGAUCCUUGUGCAGUGGGGGGCGAACAGCAGGAGCCGGGGAAGGGGCCACCAGAGGCAAGAUCAUGGGGAUGGGGAGAGGCAGGGGAGGCAGGGAAAGGGGAGGCAGGGUCAGGAGAGGGAUGGGGGGCAGGGUGGGGAGCAGGUCAGGCAGAUUCAGAGGGAGACGAGGCAGGUUGGAGAGAUCGUCGCAAAUCCACACCGGGCCUGCGCAUCACCAACGAGCAUGGCCAGAUUAUUGAGGACACCCCUGAAGGCAGCGAACCUGGCCUGUACCUGAUCCGGCCGGCCGGCAGAGAAGGUUUCGGCUCAGAAUAUGAGACAACGGAGGAGUGGGGGGACUCAGUGGGGCAGAACGGAGGAUGGGCCAGCACUGACGAUGAACUGGAUUCCGCCGCAGACCAGGGUUUCACAGACCAUAGCACAGCCCAGGAAGGCUUCGCAGACUGGGCUUCAAGUGAUCGGGCCACCCCUUUACAGGAGGAGAAGGCUCUGGCAAGCGAUGCAGGGUUCGCAGCUGACUGGGCCCAACCAAUAGAACAGGCACCAACGCAGUCUGCCGACACAGGAACAGCAUUUGCGGAUCCAGCCAGUGUCCCAGAACAGGGCUCAACCGGUGAUCAGGUGAUCCAUUUUGGGACCGAUCCUUUUGUGGAGAUCCCUGGGGAAGGUGGUUUUGAGUCUGACCCCUUUGCAGAGACGCCUGGGGGAUUUGCCUCAGAUCCUUUUGCAGAGACUCAGAGGGAAGGCGGUGGAGGGGAUUUUGUGUCUGAUCCUUUUGCGGAAACUCAUGUGGGAGGGGGAUUUGAGUCUGGUCCCUUUGCCGUAACUCAAGGGGGAGGUGGGGAAGUUAGAUUUGCGACAGAUCCAUUCGCAGAGACGACCGGGGAAGUUGGGGCAGGGUGGGCGGCAGACCCUUUCGCUAACAAUGGUUCAGUCCAGUGGGCAGGUUUCCCAGCUCCCUCCGCAGAGACAGGGGGCGCCACCACCGACAGCGGGUCCUGGCAGGAAGUCAGCGACAGCAGCGGCUUCUUCUCCUCAGGGGGUGACGGCAGCCAGGCAGGAGACCUCUUCGCCUCCUUUCCCGGGCCAAGAAGCGAAGCAGUAGCUAAGGAAGGAGUCGUCCGCCGAGCUCACAAAGAGCCUGAUAACUCGGACCUGUCCGAAGACGAGGUCGCGAACAGGAGAUACGGAAAGUUGUACCAAGAGAUAGAUACAGAGAAGGAAGAGGUGACCAACAAUGCAUUUAACGGAUUUCCCCAGAUGGAAGCAACAGCCCCAACAUUUGUUGCGGAUUUUGAUAAGCUGGAGAAGAUGCCUAUUCCCUCAGUGGUGAUUGAGCCAGCCUCCAGCAACGAAGGUGACGAUGACCGCGACAUUAUUGACAUUUCCCCAACGACCAUCAGCGACAACGGAGUGACAGCGGACACCCAGACGGCCAAAGACAUCACCACCUCCGACGGCCCACCAGGACUCCCUCCUGGCUUCCUUUACAAGGUGGAGACUCUGCAUGACUUUGAAGCUGCAAACUCAGACGAGCUGGAGCUGAAGAAAGGUGACGUGGUUCUGGUUGUUCCCACGGCUACAGCAGAAGAUCAGGAUGCGGGUUGGCUUACAGGUAUCAAGGAAAGCGAAUGGUCGCACCUUGGGGCCAGUGCCCACAAAGGACUCUUCCCAGAAAACUUCACACAGCGCUUGGAGUAACCAUCUGAGCCCGGAGAAAAGAGUUGUGGGGGAGGUGAAGGGGCCUGUGUUCUCCAGACAAUGUCUAGCCGAGCGUCUGCUAACCCGUCUGUGACCUUGUCUGCAAGACAGACCAAGGCCGUCACUGAUAGAGGAAAGGACACAAACAAUCAACAAAAAACAAACCAAGUGUGGAUAAACACUAGUACCUGCUCGGAGCAUAACGAAAAAUAACAUGAGCAUGAUGCGAUAGUAUGGUCUACCCUUUUUUUGUUUGUUAACCUUUAAGCAACAGCGAAUUGAUGUGUGCUUUGUUGGAAGUGUGGUGACCUCCACAUGUAAAUCCCUUGACCUCCACAUGUAAAUCCCUUGACCUCCACAUGUAAAUCCCUUGAUCUCCACAUGUAAAUCCAUAUCUGUUUCAAGGAUAAACUAAAAUGAGAAAUACCUCCUGAAGAAAAAAAAAAAGUUACCUUAUCUUCUCUGCACCAAGUGUAUUGUAUUGAUUUUGUUGCUCUGCAGUGGAAUUUCUAAGAAUCUGUAGUGCUAUGAUCUAUCUAACUGUUCUUGAGUGUUACUUUAAGUGUUUUCUUUCUGACAUUUCAGCCAUAAAUGUUACCUUGCAUCAUUGUUAGUGUUCUCUUGUAGUGUCAUGGCUGUAUGUGUGCGGCUGUAGUGAUUCUUUUUUUGGAGUACUCAGUGUUGACAUUGUUCAUUGACAAGACAUGCUGUGCUCUUGCCGAAACAACAUAAUUGACGUUGAAAUUCUGAGCAUUGGAAUGGGACGUCCGAUGAGUUUCCAGCAUGAAAAAUGAUGUUUGUGAUGAAGCUGAGAUCCGGGAACUGGCAGAUGCAGCUUUCUCAAAGUAAAAUAAAAAAAUAACACUGUAGCUCCCUAACAUAAAACGUUAAUGUGUAUAUCCUUAUACCUUAUAUCUGCAAUUACAUAUAUACAAGAAACCAAGUCAACCAGUGGAAAGACAUAUGAAGUUAUUUAUUUGUGAAUGAAAUGUUAUGAUAAAUUGUAUUUAUUUAACUUUAUAUUUUAUUUUUAAAGUUUAAGAUCACUGGGAAGGUGCUGGGAGAGAAAUCAGAUAUGCAAUUUAUGUAAUUGGUUUAUAUACUGUAGGGUCACAAUAGUCCAACUGUUCAGUAUAGCAAUUAAUAUGACGUCACUCCUGUUUUCGUACAGUUAGCCCUCACUGUAUAACCUUUUUUUGUGAUAUACAUAUCUGUGAUUAUUUAUCUAAAGGUGAAUAAAGAAUAGUUAAUAUGUUACA